AUGUCUUCCCUUUUCGACGCCGUUCUCCAGUCCGAGCUGGGCUCGGGGUCAGGCGCCCGCGAGAAUCUGCAGUCCGACCAUCUACCUAGCUCACGACGCUCCGAGAGCAAUGGCCCCAUGAGUGAUAUGAACGCCUUCCCCGAUGAUCGUGUUGUCGGAACCAGCACUUCGGCCGUCAGUCGCUUACGAAACCCAUACGCUUCGGCCCCUCCGCCCGUCGUCGAUGAGGCUGGUGAAAAAGUGCAACAGGCCUUCGAGGAAUUGCUCGAGACAUUCAUGGAGGAGCCCUCGUCAUCAGCCCCUCCAUCGUCCGGAGAGAUUCUCAGCGACAAAUACUAUAUUGCUCAGAUUCGUGGCAUGAAGAAAUUCGAGUUGUCAACCCUCUACGUGGACUUCACCCACCUGACCUCCCUGGAAAACCCCAUUUUGGCCGAUGCCAUCGCCAGUCAAUAUUAUCGAUUCCUCCCCUUCCUCACCAAGGCCCUUCACAACCUCGUGGCCAAAUAUGAGGGUGAUUACUUUGUGUCGCAUCGCAUGGCCGCUAGCGCCAACUCGCAACCCAGCACCUCCAUCGCAUCUGCUUACGCCAGCGUCUCCGAUAACCCCGACUUGGAGCGCCAAAUUCGCGAAAAGACUCGCCACCAACAGACCGAUAAGCUGUUUGCUCUUGCCUUCUACAACCUGCCCCUGGUUUCACGACUCCGCCAACUUCGCACCUCGCAGAUUGGCAAACUUCUCUCGAUCUCCGGAACGGUCACACGGACGUCAGAAAUUCGUCCUGAAUUGUCGCUGGGAUCAUUCAUCUGCGAGGGCUGUAAAACAGUUGUAAACAAUGUGGAACAGACCUUCAAAUACACCGAGCCCACCGAAUGCCCGAACCACACAUGCGGUAACCGCAACGGCUGGCGCCUGGAUAUUGGCAAAAGUACUUUUGUUGAUUGGCAAAAGGUUAAGCUUCAGGAGUCUUCACAUGAGAUCCCUACCGGUAGCAUGCCGCGCACGAUGGACGUCAUCUUGCGAGGCGAGAUGGUUGAUCGUGCUAAGGCCGGUGAGCGUUGCAUUUUCACUGGUACCUUGAUUGUCGUCCCCGAUGUGAGCCAGCUAGGUCUCCCUGGCGUGCGCCCCGAGGCAGUUCGGGAUAACAACUCUUUCCGUGGAAGCGAGGUUGGCGGUGGCGGAGUGUCUGGGUUGAAGGCCCUGGGUGUUCGUGAUUUGACCUACCGACUCGCUUUCCUGGCCUGUAUGGUGACCCCAGAUACCACUACACCCGGUCAGAAGCCCGAGCAGCAGCUCAGUGGUCAAUCAAACAACAUUCUCGCCUCAUUGAACCAAAAUCAGGACCCUGAUAUGAAUGAUGACAAGGCCCAGGAGGCUUUCCUUCAAAGUCUGACUCCCACCGAAGUGCAGGAUCUCAAGAGACUCGUGCACUCGGAGUACAUCUAUUCGCGCUUGGUUGACUCACUUGCGCCGAUGAUUUGGGGUCACCGUCAGAUCAAAAAGGGUCUUCUCCUACAACUGAUCGGCGGUGUUGGCAAGAGAACCCAGGCGGAGAGCUUGAAGCUGCGUGGUGAUAUCAACAUUUGCAUUGUCGGCGACCCAUCCACAAGUAAGAGUCAGUUCUUGAAAUACGUCUGCUCCUUGCACCCCCGUGCGGUCUACACCAGUGGUAAAGCCUCAUCGGCUGCUGGUCUGACAGCAUCCGUGGUGAAGGAUGCCGAGACUGGAGAAUUCACCAUUGAGGCCGGUGCCCUGAUGCUGGCUAACGGUGGUGGUAUUUGUGCGAUUGACGAGUUCGACAAAAUGGACAUCGUGGACCAAGUCGCCAUUCACGAAGCAAUGGAACAGCAAACCAUCUCCAUCGCCAAGGCUGGUAUUCAUACCACACUGAACGCCCGGGCCUCGAUUCUCGCUGCCGCCAACCCCAUCGGCGGUCGCUAUAACCAGAAGGUCACUCUUCGCCAGAACCUGAACUUCAGUGCACCCAUCAUGAGUCGUUUCGAUGUGUUCUUCGUCAUCCGCGACGAGCCCAAGGAAAGCGUCGACCGCAACUUGGCCGAACACAUUGUGAACGUGCACAUGAACCGCGACGAGGCUGUCGAGCCCGAACUGAGCACCGAACAGCUGCAGCGCUAUAUCCAGUUUGCGCGUACCUUUCGCCCUGUCUUCACCGAUGAGGCCAAGGCACUCCUUGUCGAGAAAUACAAGGAGCUGCGUGCCAACGAUGCCCAGGGUGGUAUGGGUCGCUCUUCGUACCGUAUCACGGUUCGUCAACUUGAAUCCCUCAUUCGUUUGUCCGAGGCCGUUGCCAAGGCCAACUGCGUCGAGGAAGUUGACCCCAAGUUCGUCAUUGAGGCCUAUGAUCUUCUGCGCCAGAGUAUCGUCACCGUCGAGAAGGACGAUGUCGAGAUAGACGAUGAUGUUCCCGCCCCGAAUGGCGAGGACCAGGAAAUGGGCGACGACCGUGACCGUGAGAAUGACAGCCCAAUGCGCGAUGACGGCGAGCAAGCACAGCAGCAGGAACGCAGCAAGACGAAGAUCACAUACGACAAGUUCUCCAAGAUCUUGAACCUGAUCGUGCGCCGCAUCCGCGAGGAUGAGGUCAAUCAGGGUGAGGGUGUCGAGCAGGAAGAUUUGAUCCUCUGGUAUCUCGAGCAGAUUGAGGGCGAGCUCAACAACCACGAAGAUAUGCAGCGUGAGCGUGAUCUCGUCAAGAAGGUCCUGAAGCGUAUGGUGAAGGAUCACGUCCUGCUACGCAUCGCAUCGGAUCUCAUGGAAGAUGAAGGCAACACCCAACAGACUGCUGAAGAUAAGGUCCUAUACGUUAUGCACCCCAACGUUGCGUAUGAGGAGAUGUAA